AUGGAGUCGACGCCGUCGAGAGGUGUCGCUGUCAACAUCGCCACCUUUCUGCUCUCAUCAGUGGGCCUGGCCCUGAGCAUCUUCACGGCGCUAGUCGAUGCAUUCUUGGGGCACAAUGCAGUCGCUCACCUGCUCUACUUCUUCACUGGCCGCCCUCCAGUCGACCACCACGACCUUGCUACACUGCAAGACCAUGCUUCACUACACAAACGUGCACACAAUGACCAGCUCAUGUUACCUCGACGCUCUCUCAGCCCCUCUCCUGAAGGAAAAAUCCAACGUCGACACCACCGUCAUCAUUCGCAUCACCGUCGACACCAGAACCCCACUGGGAUCCUCCUCAACUCAUCCGAAUCCGACGUGUCUUAUGGCAGUUCAUCCAUGUACAAUACCACACGGUCAAGCUCCACCACAGCAACAUUCCCUCGUGCAUCUUCUCAUAUCCGACCUCGCUCACCCAUUCCAACCAUAACGGUCCACACGCCUGAACAGCAUGGAUCCCAAUUCUCACCGACCCCGACCUCACCAAGAAAGCCGUCGUCUAGCCGUGCUUCUAUCUCCAAGGGAAAGAACCCCGACCCUUCGUCACCAACACCCCACGUUCAAAUUCGUCAAACCAUCUACCUACACCAAGGUGAUCCGUCCCCAAGAUCAAUUCCGGAACCAUCGCGCACCCGUGCCCACAUGAGCUCUGGGUCGUCCGAAUCAGACACCAGCUCCUCUUCUCUGCGCGAACGAACUCCGUCGAUAACCUUUGCCCACCCUGACCGUCCGGCGAAGGAGCAGAAAAGUCGUUCGAGCAAUAGGUUGGCACUACCCCCAUUGGGAACCUCACCUGCCCAGUUUAGACAAGGACACCGCCGUGGCCUGUCAAGAUGCUCAUCCUCACCCCAGUUAUCCACACCGCCUGCUACACCCGUGGAUAUUUAUGAACAAAAAGCUGCAUCGACAACGUCACUGUUGACCCCAAGCUCUGCCGAGACCAUCCACAUUCAACGACAAAGGCGGAAGAGCACCGGAGAGGCUGAUAUACCCAGUCCAACAAAGUUGAGCAUGACGGUCCCGUGUCUACCUCCAAUGCCAAAACAGAAGGAUGAAUCGAAGACGAAGACGUUGGGUAAACUCCUUAGGCGGGUGCCAAGUGCACCGGGGCCACUUCUGCCCAAUCCAGAUAGUACGUCCCAGUCUGCCAUCUUCCGUUUCUCGACUAACCAAGUAGUGCUGGUAGAGCUGGAGCAAACGACCAAGAAAGCUUUCAUGUUUAGUUUUAACACGAGCACCAAACCGAGGGAGGUCAAACCCAAGCGUUCAAUGACGAGUUUAACGCCGCCGAAAAAACUUAGAAGGCAACCCUACGAAGCACCGUUCUUCUGCCCCACACCCGAUAGUGCCAUCAAGUCACAAGCAGGAGAGAGCAACAAGACGCGGUCUGCUCCAGCUUCAAGGGCAUCUUCUCCCGAAUUGAGACAAGAUGCCUCGAGUCAGUCUUUAACGAGAGUGACGGUUCAGAUAACGCCAUGA